AUGCACGUGGUUGUCAUGGCUGUGCUGUGGAGUCUGGUGCAGGCGGUGGUGCCGGACUGCUGGACUGGGUGCCAACUCGCCAACAUCAGCGUCCCCGUGGAGACGGACGAUGGCAGAAGCUGCUUCAUAGAGACCCAAGCGUGUGCCGGCUUGUGCCACAAUAAAGAUCCUGUGUAUAAGAGCUCCACAGGGGUACGACUGCCAGAUGAGCAGCAGAGGAGCUGCCACUUCCAGGAUUCGUACACCGAGACUCGCAGUUUCCCCGUCCACUGCUACACAGGCUCCAGUUUCGACCUGCUGCUGACCGUCACAAAGGCCCUGAGCUGCGAGUGCAGCUCCUGCACGAACAAAUACGAGUGCGACUCUCUCAGCCCCAACAUGGCCGGCUGCCCUUCCCCUAAGCCUCCGCUGCUGCAGUACCACCUCUGA